AUGUUGGAGCAGACGAAGGUUUCUCCUAUCGAGACCUGCGCAAACUCUAUCCCGGCAAGAUAUUUGCCUAGAUUGGAUCCUGAAUGGCGGCAAAUGUGGUCGACGCACGGCAAAGACGUGAUUGGAGCUCAUUUGGUUUCCGUGGACGAAGUCAGAAGAUCUCCCGCCAAGUACAGCUUCACAUAUCCGACCUGGACAGGCCCCGAUGUGCAUCACGUUCAAGACUACACAGUCCCCGUUACAAAACCUACUGGCACCAUUGUCUGUCGAGUCUAUACGCCACCCGGAACCGGACCCUUUCCGGUUCACCUCAACUUCCAUGGCGGCGGCUGGGUGCUUGGUGGGCUACAAAGCGAAGCCGCCUGGUGUCGCAGCAUCUGCAACGAAGCCUGCAUCAUUGUCAUUGAUGUCGACUACCGCCUUGCUCCGCAAUUUCCGUUUCCUACAGCUAUCUAUGACUGCUGGGCAGCCGUGGAGUGGACACUUGCUCAUGCAGACACCCUAAACGCAGACUCUACCUCCAUCUCCAUCAGCGGAUUGUCCUCGGGCGGCCUCAUCACCGCUGUUUUGGCACAUUUCGCCCGCGAUCGCUCCCCGGCUAUCGACCUUCGACUACAACUCAUGAUCGUCCCAGCGACAGAUAUGCGAUACGUCCCGGUUGAUCUCAAUGCGGAGCCGAUCACUGCGAGCACCUGCGUGUAUCCAAGCGCAAUCGUCUUCUCGGAUCUCCCUUGGUCUCCCCUCGCGCGCGAAUCCUGGUUUCUGAACUAUUACAUCGGGACAGAUGAGAGUUCACGCGCGCAAACGCUAAGUGACUGGCGUAUGACGCCUGUCUUGUCGCCCAACCUCACUGGUUUGGCACCCGCACACAUAGUAACGGCGGAAUUUGACGUCGAGCGCGACGAGGGGGAGUUCUACGGGGAGUUGUUACGACAGGCCGGCAACACCGUCUCUACCAAGCGGUACGCGGGCGUGCCGCAUGCAUUUGCGCACUAUAACCAUCCGGAGCGGGGGCUGGCCAAGAGUCGCGAGUUCAUCAAAGAUACGGCAGACCUGCUUGUUAGGGCUCACGGACAUAGACUCAACCACAAAUGA